AGUUUUAUUUCAAACCUCGAAGCGUAUAGCACACACGGUAGCGGAGCCUGCGAAAUACCUUAUCAAGAUGUUAAAAUCUUAUCAGCUGCUUUUCAGCAUAGCUCUGCUGUUUGCCUGUUUCAACCUUGAGGCAACUUCAUUUUCACUGAAAUUCAAUCCGCAUUCGCGCCGUGCGAAUGCAACGCACUUCAAGCCGGCAGCUAACUACCAGCCAUGGAGUGCUCCAAGAUAUAAUAAUACUAGACCUUAUAACGGAGGCUUCAAUCAGAGUGGAGUUAUACAUCCCGUGCAGAGCAGUCCACAAUAUGCCGCACCAUACCAGGGAGCAGUGCAACAGCCAAACAUAGGAUUCAGUAACAACCUCUUCGGCUCCGGUACACCAUUCCAACCUAAUGGCACCUAUGGAUUUAACGCUCAGCCUUAUUACCCCAAUGGUACUACCCAUGGAAAUUUUAACUAUACCAAAGGCGCUCCAACCAAUAGCACUUACCCAUACGCAAGACUUUUCAAGUUUUGGUAGAGCCCGAAUAUUUCCAAGUUAAAGUAAAGCCAAGUCUUAAAUGAGAACAAUCAAAUUUAUUUUCUUUUUUCAAAUAUUUAUUUUUCAGAUAAUCCAGUUUCUUCGUCUUCCAUUUUUAUGCGUUCAGAUCGUCGGGAUUAGUAAAGUUCAAAUUCAAAAAACUUUUCUUCUUUCAAACCAAAUUUAUUGCGCAGAUAAUCCGAUUUCAAAUGACAUUAGAUUAUCUGGAUCAUCGUGUUAAAUUGCUUUCCGGUAUUCCAGGAACGUUUAUAUAGUACAGUAAAUGUUGAUAUGUUGAUAUGAUGAUUGGCUCCACUCAUGGGGUUAUUAGGUCAAGGGUGCAGGUUAUUGAUGUUCAAUUAAGCACUAAGUCGGUGGUUCUAUAUGGAUGACGGUUGUAUAAAGGUAGAGCAUAGCUAAUUAUGUAAGUAUAUCAGCUUUGAACGUAUGAUUUUCGCUACGUUGUAGUUCUUGGGGAAUACCGACGAUGAUCAUAAAGAAAAGCAAACCCCGAUGUUUUAAAAAUGGAAUAUAAUCCCACGCCGCCGUCAAUGUUCCCACGCUGCAGUCGCGCAACUCCCACGCCGCCGUCAAUGAUCCCACGCCGCAGUCAGGAGCUCCCACGCAGCAGUCCGCUCGCAACUCCCCCGCCGCCGUCAGUUUGCAAAUCCCACGAAGUCCUCCGCAAAGUCCCUCGCCGCAGUCAAUACACCGUCGCCUCAUUAAUCCUAUAGAAGUGUUGUACCUAGCGCCCUCGCCUAACCGAAGCCCUAAAGGUCCCACAUCGAAAAUUUGCGAAUCCCUCGCCGCCGUCAGUUCUGAUGGUAUCCCACGCCGCAGUCAAUUCUAUGAGUCCCGCGCUGCCGUCGUAAAGUAUACCAGUUGUUGCUCCAAGAUGUCAGAAAGUAUAUUCUCAAUGCUCAAAAAAAAUCCUAAUUGCCCGAAACGAUGUCCUCUCAGAAAACGUCAGAAAUAAACGGCCUCAUCUUCAGCCAUAUAGUGUGGGGGUCGAGUAGUAGAAUAAAGUAGUGGAGUAGCAGAAUAAAAUAAUGAAAGUUCCUAUCGCUGCCAGCGAACACUAAUGCAGGGAAAUGUGUGUGUAUUAUCGAUGCGAAGCAAGAUUUCUUAAAGUUGAGGCUGCAGUUGUCCAACCAGAGAUUCAAAAAGUAUCCUAUGCGUAUAUAUGCUAGCCAUCGUACGAAGAGAAGGGUGAUUUGUGCAGGCGGUCGGUCGUGUCGAUGAAAAUGAUGAUUUGUUUUCGCAAUAUUAGUAGUAGCAGUAGUAGAAUUGUAGUUCGAAAAUCGGUUGAGUUCUGCCUAUUUGCCUCGGACUGGAUGCAGUAGUGACAAAGAUGAAAAUGCUCCCAACUAGUUUAAGGUUUGUUCCUAACGAAGACCUCCAGAGGUACGUGCAGAUGUGUUUGUUUUGUGAUAAAUCGUCAAUGCCGUAAAAGAUGAUUAUAAAGGACCCUUGCAGCUCCAGCUCGUCAACAAGAAAAUGUCGAUUAAAAGCGCUGCGCCGACAUCUGACUCGACUUAGGAAAACAACCAAGCUCGGAAGAGAUUCAAUCUCAGCACAUGGGAUGGUGGAUGGUUGAAUUGUCGAUCAGGUUAUAAUUAAAAGUACGCCCAGAGUUGUAGCUAUUUCUGCCAGCCAAAUUUGAACGGUUGAUUGUCUCGUCCCUUCCCCUCUCAUCGAGAGCCCCUGAAGAUCGAUAGACAAAGAUAUGGGCAGGCCCGUAGAGAAAUGAAGUUGUUUCAUUCAAGUCGCUCCUUCACUCUCUCACAUUACGGGCGGGCUGAACAUCACCAGGGGAUCCUCGUCAGUCGAGUUCAUCUACGAACGAUUCGUCCCUGCCGUUUCUUAAGCCAUACUAAUAUGUACAUGUCACAGUUUUACAAUAAUACAAAUACAAUUGAAUCUUACAAUACCAGUAUCGAAAACUUAUACAAUUUUUAAAAGGUAACAUGUUUGAGCACAUUUACAUGGCUGUACAAUAUACAUUAUUAUAGUUGACAAAGGCUCUGGGCCAGAAGAUUUUCAUUUUGCAUUAGAGAUCGCCUCAACGGAAAGAUACAUACUUCAUUGUAUGAUCUAAAAUACGUAAAUAUCUAAGAUACAAAAAAGAACGAAAAAAAAAAAUGCAAAAUAACAUAGAAGAUACAUGUAAAUAAAUGUAGCGCGUGUCUCAUGGAUUCCCUUCGAGAACAACUUGACGUGUGCUGGCUGGACAGACUGAACGUCGACCAGGCUGGAAGAGUAGUUAUCUGAAAAACAAGUACACACCAACAACAACAACAA